AUGGCGGAAGGUGGGCCACCGGAUUUGGCGACUCAGAAAAAGAUUAUUGAGGGGUAUUUGUCCAGAAAUAUGAAGAAAGGCGAGUCAUGGUACCUGGUUGAUAUUAGGUGGUUCAAACAGUGGAAGAAGUAUGUCGGCUACGACCAAUGGGAUUCUUACAGUCUUGGGGAUCAGGCAGUUCAUCCUGGCCCUUUUGACAACUGCUCUUUGUUUAAACCGGACAGUACAGUUCUGAGAGAUCAUUUGGUGGAUGAUUUGGACUAUGUGCUGUUACCUGAGGAAGCAUAUAAAAAGUUGGCUUCCUGGUAUGGAGAAGCACCUGGACAGGAGCCAAUAAUUCGAAAGGUGAUUGAACAAGGCAUGUUUGUGAAGCAUUGUAAGGUAGAGGUAUACUUGAUGGAGCUGAAACUUUGUGAGAAUUCUGAUCUUAACACUGUGAUAACUCGAGCUUUCAGUCGGUCUGAUACAGUUGCCUCAAUUGAACAAGAAAUGCGUACUCUGUUUUCCAUUCCUGAUGACAAAGAGGUUCGAUUGUGGAACCGUUACAUGAGCAAUACAUUUGAACUUCUAAGUAAAAAGGAUAUUACUUUACAAGAGGCUGGUCUGUAUCAGGGACAGGUGAUUGUCAUAGAAGCCAAAAAUGAUGAUGGAACGUGGCCCAGGCAGAAUAAGAGUUCUAACACCUACAGCUCCGCAAGCUAUAAUACCAGAGGUUCUGGGUACACAGGAGCCAGUGCCUCCUCAAACCAGGACUCAAAUAGCCCGGGCACUAGCAUCAGUGGUUACAGCAGCACCAGCGGCGGUGGAUACUACAACAGCAAUGGCUAUGACCGCAGCAGCAGCUGCAAGCCAGGACUGUGUGGUCUGGCAAAUUUAGGAAACACCUGUUUCAUGAACUCGGCUCUUCAGUGUAUGAGCAACGUUAGCCCAUUGACAGAGUACAUGCUGAGCAAUCAGUGGGAGAAAGAACUCAACAAAGAAAACCCUCUUGGCAUGAGGGGUGAGAUUGCCAUUUCUUACAACGAGCUCAUAAGAGAUAUAUGGUUGGGCCAGAAGAGCUACACCGUGCCUCGGAAUUUUAAGAUUGCAGUGGGCAGAUUUGCUCCUCAGUUCUCGGGCUACCAGCAGCAGGAUUCUCAAGAGUUGAUGGCAUUUUUGUUGGAUGGACUACAUGAGGAUCUGAAUCGAAUUAGGAAAAAGCCUUACAUUGAACUCAAAGAUUCUGGUGGAAGACCUGAUAAGGAAGUCGCCAAAGAAGCCUGGGAUAACUACAAGAAGAGAAAUGACUCCAUCAUUGUUGACAUCUUUCAUGGCCUUCUGAAAUCGACAGUGCAGUGUCCUGACUGUAAACUGAUUUCUGUCACCUUUGACCCAUUCUGUUACCUCUCACUGCCGUUGCCUAUCAAGAAGGAGAGACAGAUGGAGGUGUUCUGGAUCCCUCUGCCUGCAGAUAAGAAACCUAUGCAGCUGAAAUUAACAGUGCCUAAGGCAGGCAGCAUUCGUGAUUUGUGUACAGCCUUGUCAUCUCUAGUAGAUGUCCCACCAGAUCGGAUGGUGGUCACAGACGUAUAUAACCACAGAUUUCACAAAAUCUUUGGUAUGGACGAGGGGGUCAACCACAUACUGGACAGAGAUGACAUCUUUGUGUAUGAGAUUCCAAUCACUGAUGUCGAAGAUCCCAACAUCAUGAUCCUGCCCAUUUACUUCCGAGACAAAAACAAUCGGCACUCAGAUCAAAACUCAGUGUCCAGCCAACCCUUGUUUGGUCACCCACUGCUGCUGGCAGUUCCAAGAGCUAACUGCACAUAUGAAAAAUUGUACCAGCUGUUGUUGCAACGAAUGGCGCGCUAUGUGAAAGUUCCAGAUGAGUCAGAUGACUGGCAGGAGGAACUCUCAGAAGAUGAGGACAAUUCCUCCUCAGAGACCAGUAGUUCCUCCCUCGGUGCCAGCAAUGGGAACUGGGAGGGGGAUUGUGAGGGAGGGGAGGCUAGCAACGUGAUACAGAUGGAGACCGUGACGUGUCAGGAGAGUGUGCCAAACGUGCCCGAUAGCAAAAGUAAUCCCAGCGAUGCUGUAGCUUCCUGUUCUGCAUCCCUGCCUUCUUCCAAGGGCAAGAGAAUCUUCUCACUGAGGUCAGCAAACAGUUUUGGCCGGGAUGAAACGGGCAGUGUUCUCAUAGAUAAUGGGAAACCUUUAAAACUUACAAGCAGGACAUACAUUGCUGUUGACUGGAGUAAAGCGGCCAAAGAGAGAUUUUUCAACGAAAAGGCAGCAGAGGAAUUUGAGGAGCAUGAGAGUAUGAAAUCACGCAAUGCGCAGAAAAGGACUGUCAUCCAGCUUGAUGAUUGUCUGAAGCUGUUCAUGAAAGAGGAGCAGCUCAGUGAGAAGGAUCCGUGGUACUGCCCAGACUGCAAGCAACACCAGCAGGCCACAAAGAAAUUUGACCUAUGGUCAUUACCUGAUGUGCUGAUCAUUCACUUGAAGAGAUUUUCUUACAACAAGUACUGGAGGGACAAGAUUGAUGUUCUGGUAGAGUUUCCUGUACAAGGUUUAGACCUACGCAAGUACAUCAUUAAUGAGGAGUCAGCAGAGUGUAAUGUUUAUGAUCUCAUCGCUGUAACCAACCAUUAUGGAGGCCUUGGAGGUGGUCACUACACAGCAUUCGCCAUGAACAAAGAUGAUGGCAACUGGUACUAUUUUGAUGACUCAAGUGUCACCAGCUCUUCAGCUGACGCUGUUGUUACAAAAGCUGCCUAUGUCCUUGUCUACCAAAGAAGAAACCUCAGCCACAAUCGAAAGUUGCUGCAUUCAGCGAAGGACCACAACUCCCGGACAUCGUUGACAGUUACCCAAGACUCUGUCAACAGCAAGUACCCAGAAUCCUCCAUCCCCAAUGGUGUCGGAGCAGCUAGUGAGGAAGACGAUAUGGAAACAAAUUAA